AUGUGCUUGAUCUCUAGGCUCAAUAGUGUGGAUGGCUGCAUCGACUGGUCAGUGGACCUCAAGACAUACAUGGCUCUGGCAGGAGAGCCAGUCCGAGUGAAGUGUGCCCUGUUUUACAGUUACAUUCGUACCAACUAUAGCACAGCCCAGAGCAUGGGCCUCAGGCUCAUCUGGUACAAGAACAAAGGGGAUCUCGAGGAGCCCAUCAUCUUCUCUGAGGUCCGCAUGAGCAAGGAAGAAGAUUCCAUCUGGUUUCAUUCAGUAGAGGCCCAAGACAGUGGAUUCUACACUUGCGUUUUAAGAAACUCAACCUAUUGCAUGAAGGUGUCUAUGUCCUUGACAGUUGCAGAGAAUGAAUCUGGCCUGUGCUAUAAUAGCCAAAUCCGCUAUUCAGAAAAAUCCGAAGUCACCAAGAGAAAGGAGAUUGUCUGUCCAGACAUGGAAGAUUAUAAGACAGCCAACCAGGAGCCCGAUGUAGUAUGGUACAAGGAAUGCAAGCCCAAAAUGUGGAGGAGUGUAAUUAUACAGAAAGGCAAUGCUCUUCUUAUCCAGGAGGUCCAGGAAGAAGAUGGAGGAAAUUAUACUUGCGAACUCAAGUAUGAAGGAAAACUGAUCCGACGUACAACCGAACUCAAAGUCACAGCAUUACUCACAGACAAACCUCCCAAGCCAUUGUUCCCCAGGGAGAAUCAGCCAAGUAUUAUUGAUGUCCAGCUGGGUAAGCCUCUCAACAUCCCAUGCAAAGCCUUCUUUGGAUUCAGUGGUGAGUCAGGGCCAAUGAUCUACUGGAUGAAAGGAGAGAAAUUUAUUGAAGAGCUGGCAGGCCACAUCAGAGAAGGUGAAAUCAGACUUCUCAAAGAGCAUCUCGGAGAAAAGGAGGUGGAAUUAAUCCUGACCUUCGAUGCCGUGGUUGAGGCAGAUCUGGCUAAUUACACCUGCCAUGUGGAAAACAGAAAUGGACGAAAAUAUGCGAGCAUUCUGUUACGUAAAAAAGAUUUAAUCUACAAGAUCGAGCUGGCGGGAGGCCUGGGAGCAAUCCUACUUCUUCUUGUGCUCCUUAUCAUCAUCUAUAAAUGCUAUAACAUUGAGUUGCUACUUUUCUACCGACAGAACUUUGGAAACAAUGAAGAUGCAGAUGACAACAAGGAAUAUGACGCCUAUCUCUCUUAUACAAAAGUUGAUCCUGAUGCUUUAGAUUGUGAUAACAAUGAAGAAGAACAAUUUGCUCUUGAAAUACUACCCGAUGUGCUGGAAAAACAUUAUGGUUAUAAACUCUUUAUUCCAGAUAGAGACCUGAUUCCCAGUGGAACCUACAUAGAAGAUCUCACAAGAUGUGUUGAGCAAAGCAGAAGACUUAUUAUCGUGCUCACUCCGGACUAUGUUCUCAGGCGAGGAUGGAGUAUUUUUGAGCUGGAGAACAGGCUGCAUAGCAUGCUAGUCAGUGGAGAAAUAAAAGUUAUCUGGAUUGAGUGCACAGAAUUAAAAGAGAAGGUAAACUGCCGUGAAGUAGAAGUGCUGAAGAGAAAUAUCAAGCUUCUGUCCCUGGUCAAGUGGAAAGGCACCCAGAGCAGUAAACUGAAUUCGAAGUUUUGGAAGCACUUGGUAUAUGAGAUGCCCAUGAAGAAAAAAGUUACGCUGUCCCACCGCCGAGUUCUGGACUCGGCAGAGCAAGGCCUUUUUGGAGAGCUGCAUCCAGUGCCCUCGAUUGCCGUCACCAGCACCUCGGCUGCUUUGGUAGCCUCUCAGGCCGAUCUGAGCGAUUUCCACCAAACAGAUUCAAUGCCAAUGAGACACUGUUGCAGAAGUUACAAUUAUGAGAUGCCAACAUCCUCUUUGCCUCUAGGGACCCACCACCACACAUACUGCAACAUACCCUUGACACUACUCAAUGGACAACUACCUCUAAACAAUGCCACAAAGAAUGCCCCAGAAUUUCAUAGGAACAGCCCUCUACGGCCUUUAUCAUCCAAGGAGCUUAGCUUCACCAGCGAUAUUUGGUAG